AUGGCCGGGCUUCAGCCCGAUAUCUACGCAGCGAUCAGCAUCACUUGGAUCGCGGCGUUUGUGGCGCUGAUUCUGCGACUCAAAGCCCGGGGGAUGAUGAAGACAAAGUUAUGGUAUGAUGAUUAUUUCGCCAUUGUCGCAUUGUUCUUCAUCACGAGUUAUUGUUCCGUCACCAUUUACUGGACCCAUAGCUUCAAGCUCGGACAGUCAAUCAGUACCGUAACAGACCCAACCGAAGUCGACUUCAUCCAAAGCCGAUCGCGAUUAUUACUCUGGAUCUGCGAACUCCUCUACGCUUCGUCGAUAGCCUUUUGCAAACUCGCCAUUCUAUUCUUUUACUGGCGCGUCUUCCAGUAUACCUCGAUUCGAUAUGCCAUUGUCGGGCUGCUCGUCGCCGUGAGCAUAUGGAUCACCAUCCGGACGUUCAUGGUGAUCUUCCAAUGCGUGCCGGUUCAGGCAUAUUGGGAUAAGAGCAUAACGAAUCCACGAUGCCCAUUCAACGAAGCCAAUUUCUUUUUCGCCACGAUUCUCGUACACACAACUAUGGACUGCAUCAUCUUGAUCUUGCCGGUUAUUGAAGUCAUGAAGAUGACGUUGCCUUUAUCGCAAAAGCUUGCUGUGGUGGGACUCUUCACCUCUGGAACUGUUGUCUGCGUUGCGUCGGUGUUUGUGCUGGUACAUUCGAAACACUAUAACCCUCGAACCGAUGACAUCCCCAGAGAUAUGGCUCAGAAUAUGAUGUGGGCUGCCGUUGAGAUAAACAUGGCAGUCUUCUCAGCCUGUCUCCCUAUGCUUCGUCCCAUAUUUCGCCACUUUCUCCCCGGCCUUUCAACAACAGAAGAGUCAGCUCAGGCACCUAUAAGCCUAAUUGAAAAAGCAGGAGCAUCGAAGAUCUGGUCGAUCCAAUCUACAUGA